AUGGAGGGGGACAAACGCAAGACAGUGUCUAGCAAGAGUAAUACAGUUUGGGAGAGAAAACGGUUUUCCCUGCUAACAUUGAAGGCGAUCAAUAAGCUUGUGCUCCACUCCAUCCCAAAAGGAGGAUGCAGGAGGCGACAACUUAAUCUGAAGCCCCAAAUAGUUCAUGGGCAGGCCAGCAGCCUUACACCCAAAGCACGCUUCAGCGAGAAGUACCGUGGCCAGAUCCGCGUGAAUUACGGAAAGGUGACAUUUAGCGGAAUUGAUAGAAAAACCCGAGAUGAGCUCAAAAACCCAGAAGAUGAGCCAAGUUCUCACUAUCAGUUGGCGGGAAGCAUUGCCGAACAAGAGAAAGUCAUCUGCAUACUGAAGGGUGGAGAAGGUCUAGACGUGGUAGAGCUCGUCCAAUGUGUCGUGAAGGGGAUCUUGACAGAAGUAAAGAAGACCCCUCUGUUUGCAGCUAAACAUGCAGUAGGACUCGAUUCUCGUAUUGCAGAUUUAAUGGAAGUGCUGGACAUUGAAGCCCAGGAUGAUGCCAGAAUAGUUGGGAUCCAUGGCAUGGGUGGAAUAGGCAAGACAACUCUUGCUAAGGCUGUUUAUAACCAAAUCUUUGAUGCCUGCAGCUUCAUUGUUAACAUCAGAGAAGCAGCAAAGCAACCCUCGGGUCUCAUUUCCCUUCAGAAACAACUACUUCGUGAUGUUUUCAAAGUUGAAAAUAUGGACAUAAGCAGCACCAGUGAUGGAAUGCACAAAUUUAAAGAAAGAAUUCAGAGCAAAAAGGUUUUGCUAGUUCUCGAUGACCUUGAUCAUGAAUCACAACUCGAUGCACUGGUCGGCAGCCUAGAUUGGUUUUGCUCAGGGUCAAGAAUCAUCAAUACUACUAGAGAUAGGCAAAUAUUGGGAGCACCAAAAGUGGAGAUAAAUAAUGUAUAUGAGCUUGGGGGGCUGGAUGCCACCCAAUCACUUCAGCUUUUCUGUUGGCAUGCAUUUGGGACAGAGGAACCAGCCGAGGAAUUCGCUGAGCUUUCAAGGGAAGUUGCAUCGGUUGCUGCUGGGCUGCCAUUAACCCUCAGAAUAUUUGGGUCGCAUUUCUUUCAUUUGAAAACAACGAAGAAUGGAAAGUUGUGUUGGAAAGGUUGA